AUGACCAACAACUUCAAGGACGAUAGUCCAGAUACAAUUGGUCCUGAGACCACACCAAAGAGGUCCUUUUCCGAAAAAGGCCGUCGUUUGGUCAAAGCCUUUACUACCAAAGAAGGACUUGUAGGCGACUACGACUAUGGCUUCCUCUUCAAGCCUCAGCUUCCCUUCAUGAAGAGAGCACGAAGGGCAGGCCCUUUCUUCGGCCUCAACGAUAGGAUGCCUGUGUUCCUUGCCUUACUAUUGGGUUUCCAACAUGCCCUAGCUAUGCUUGCAGGCAUCAUCACACCUCCCAUCAUCCUCUCCGGCAGUACCAAUCUCAUCCUGGCAGAUCAGCAGUAUCUGGUAUCGGCAUGUCUCAUCAUGAGCGGUAUCUUGAGCAUGAUUCAGAUUUCGCGAUUUCACAUCUGGAAGUCUCCUUACUAUGUCGGCACUGGAUUGAUCUCGGUCGUAGGGACGUCUUUUGCGACCAUCCCCGUUGCUACGGGCGCCUUCUCGCAAAUGUAUGCCACCGGUUUCUGCCCAUCAGAUGCUGAUGGUAACCCUCUCCCUGCCCUGAUGGGUAUGGAGCACUGA